CAUCGCAUCCUCUUCUUCCACCAUACCUCAAGAGCUUAACCGCACAGACAUGACUGUCCAGAGUGUCACCACCCUCGGCGGAACCGCCUCCCACGUCAAGGUGGGCAAAGUCGCCCAUGGCCUUAUGCUGAUGACAUGGACCCCGAACCCUGUCCCCGACGAGACCUGCUUCGAAGCCAUCAAGGCAGGUGUGGAUGCCAUGCCGCCUGGUGUCAAGAUGCUGUUGAACAGCGGCGAGUUCUACGCGCAAGACUUUGGCACUGCGAACCUCGAGCUCUUGGCACGAUUCUUUGAGAAGUAUCCUGAGUAUGCGGAGCGGACCUUCCUCUCGGUCAAAGGGGGAGGCAAAAAGGACGCUCCCGUUCCUGAUGCAUCUCCAGAGAACCUCAGGCGCAGCGUGACCGCCAUCAACGCCGCUCUGCGCGGCACCAAGAAGCUUGACCUGUUCGAGUGCGCCCGCGUCGACUCCAACUAUAGCGUCGAGCACACCAUCGGUAUCCUGUCUGGCCUCGUCAAGGAGGGCCUGCUUGACCACAUCGGCAUGUCCGAGUGCGGUGCGGAGUCCCUUCGGAAGGGUAACGCGGUGCACCCGAUCGCUGCGGUCGAGAUCGAGGUCAGCCCGUGGUCUGUCGAGCCAGAGACGAAGGACGUCCUCCAGACUGCUGAGGAGCUCGGCAUCGCGGUCGUUGCUUACGCGCCUCUCGGACGCGGCUUCUUGACUGGCCAGAUCACGAAAUUCGAGGAUCUCCCAGAGGGAGACAUGCGCCGGAACUUUACGCGCUUCCGCAACCCGGAAUACUUCCAGCACAACUUGACUUUGGUUGACAGGCUGCGGGCAAUCGCAGAGAAGAAGGGCGUCACCUCCGCCCAACUGUGCAUUGCGUUCGUCGCCUCACUGGGCGACAGGGUCAUUGCCCUCCCUGGAUCCUCAAAUGCGAAGCGCACGCUGGAGAACACGUACUCUGCAGACACGAAGCUGACGCAAGGAGAGUCGGACGCGAUCUGGGAGGUCAUCAACAGCUACGAGGUGAAGGGCGACAGAUACUACGGAGCGGACCCCAAGACGAUGCACCUCUGGGGGUAGGGGUUUGGGUAGAGCUCUGGGUACGAGACAAACCUGCUGUAAACCUAUCGGUGUACUUUUGGUUGUGAAUGUAACAUGGAGACAAGUAAGAGCCC